GCGGCGGGGCGGCGGCGGGAGGGCGGCCGCGCUGAGCCCAGCCCAGCCGAGCCCAGCCCAGCCGAGCCUCCGGCCAGCAUGGCCCGCUGGAUCCCCACCAAGCGCGAGAAGUACGGGGUCGCAAUCUACAACUAUGAUGCUGUCAAAGAUGUGGAGCUGUCCUUGCAAGUUGGAGACACCGUUCACAUUUUGGAGAUGUGUGAAGGCUGGUACCGAGGCUACACACUCAGAAAUAAAGAUAAGAAGGGCAUUUUCCCAAAAACAUAUAUCCAUUUAAAAGAGGCAGUUGUGAAGGACCGAGGACAACAUGAAACAGUGAUUCCAAGUGAACUGCCCCUUGGACAAGAACUCACUUCUACCCUGAGGGAGUGGAGAGUUAUCUGGCACAAGUUGUAUGUGGAUAACAAGACCACACAGUUUCGGCAUGUCCAACAGCUGAUUUACAGCCUGAUAGAGUGGAGGUCACAGAUCCUGUCUGGGACCCUUCCCAAAGAUGAGCUAGCUGAGCUCAAGAAGAAAGUCACUGCUAAGAUUGACUAUGGCAACAGGAUCCUAGGUUUGGACCUGGUUGUACGAGAUGACAACGGGAACAUCUUGGACCCAGAUGAAACCAGCACAAUCUCGCUCUUCAGGUCCCAUGAAAGUGCAUCCAAAAGGAUUGAUGAAAGGAUCCAGGAAGAGAAGUCCCUGCAGCAGAAUUUGGACCUCCGAGGGCAGCCAAUAUUCAACACAACACACACAUACAGCCUGUACAUAAACUUCAAGAACUUUGUCUGCAAUAUUGGAGAAGAUGCUGAGCUGUUAAUGAGCCUCUAUGAUCCUGAUCUCUCCAAAUUCAUCAGUGAAAACUACUUGGUUCGUUGGGGCAGUAAUGGGAUGCCCAAAGAGAUUGAGAAGCUCAAUAACCUUCAAGCAGUCUUUACGGAUUUAAGCAGUUCAGACUUGAUCAGACCAAAGAUCAGUUUGGUGUGUCAGAUUGUGAGGGUGGGACACAUGGAGCUGAAAGAUGGGAAGAAACACACCUGUGGACUCCGGAGGCCCUUUGGGGUGGCAGUGAUGGACAUAACUGAUAUCAUUCAUGGAAAGGUGGAUGAUGAGGAAAAGCAACAUUUUAUUCCAUUUCAGCAGAUUGCCAUGGAGACCUACAUCAGGCAGAGACAGCUGAUGAUGUCCCCACUGAUAACUUCCCAUGUGAUUGGAGAAAACGAGCCCCUCACUUCUGUCUUCAACAAAGUCAUCGCUGCCAAGGAAGUGAAUCAUAAAGGGCAAGGUCUUUGGGUCUCUCUGAAGCUGCUUCCUGGUGAUCUAGCACAGGUUCAAAAGGACUUUUCCCACCUUGUAGACAGAUCAACUGCUGUGGCUCGCAAAAUGGGAUUCCCUGAGAUAAUCCUUCCUGGUGAUGUUCGAAAUGAUAUCUAUGUCACCCUGGUACAAGGGGAGUUUGACAAAGGGAAGAAAAAGACUCCCAAGAAUGUAGAAGUCACCAUGUCUGUACAUGAUGAAGAUGGAAAUCUCCAAGAGAAAGCUAUCCAUCCUGGGGCCGGUUAUGAAGGUGUCUCUGAAUACAAGUCCGUUGUCUAUUACCAAGUCAAGCAGCCUUGCUGGUAUGAAACCGUCAAGGUGUCCAUUGCAAUAGAAGAAGUCAGUCGUUGCCAUUUGAGGUUCACUUUCCGUCAUCGAUCGUCACAGGAAUCUAGGGAUAAGUCUGAGAGAGCUUUUGGCAUGGGCUUUGUGAAGUUGAUGAAUGCAGAUGGAACAACUCUGCAAGAUGGCAAGCACAAUUUGAUUGUUUAUAAGGGUGAUAACAAGAAAAUGGAAGAUGCUAAAUGCUAUUUAACUCUUCCUUGCACCAAAAUGGAGAUGGAAGAGAAGGAGUCAUCCUCAGGGAAAAACCUGCACAACUUCACACCCAGUAAAGACAGCACAAAAGACAGCUUCCAGAUUGCCACCUUGAUCUGCUCCACCAAGCUCACCCAGAAUGUUGACCUGCUGGGUUUGUUGAACUGGCGUUCUAACUCGCAGAACAUAGCUCACAACUUAAGGAAGCUAAUGGAAGUGGAAGGAGGAGAAAUUGUAAAGUUUUUACAAGACACCCUUGAUGCACUUUUCAACAUAAUGAUGGAAAUGUCAGAAAAUGAAACUUAUGAUUUCCUUGUGUUCGAUGCACUGGUAUUUAUUAUUUCUUUGAUUGGAGACAUCAAGUUCCAGCAUUUCAACCCUGUACUUGAAACUUACAUUUACAAGCACUUCAGUGCAACCUUGGCAUAUGUGAAACUUACCAAAGUACUGAACUGUUAUGUGGGAAAUGCUGAUGACUCCAGCAAGACAGAAUUGCUGUUUGCUGCUCUGAAAGCCUUGAAGUACCUGUUCCGCUUCAUUGUUCAGUCACGGAUAUUGUACCUGAGGUUUUAUGGGAAGAGUGAAGAUGGGGAUGAAUUUUAUGAUGCAAUACGCAGGCUGUUCCUCUCCUUCAAUGUCCUCAUGGACAGGCCUUUGGAAGAGGCUGUCAAGAUUAAGGGUGCAGCUUUAAAGUAUUUGCCAAGCAUCAUAAAUGAUGUCAAACUAGUAUUUGAUCCUGUUGAGCUCAGUAUCCUCUUCAGCAAGUUCAUCCAAAGCAUUCCUGACAACCAGUUAGUUCGACAGAAGCUGAACUGCAUGACCAAGGUAGUCGAGAGUGAUCUGUUUAAACAGUCUGAAUGCAGAGAUGCUCUUCUGCCACUACUAAUAGAUCAGCUAAGUGGUCAGCUGGAUGACAAUUCAAACAGACCUGACCACGAGGCUUGCUCACAGCUCCUCAGCAACGUCCUUGAAGUCCUGGAUCGGAAAGAUGUGGGGCCCACUGCUGCCCACAUCCAGCUGAUCAUGGAACGCCUGCUACGGAGAAUAAACCGCACAGUGAUUGGAAUGAGCAGACAGUCUCCACACGUUGGUAUUUUUGUGGCCUGUAUGACAGCCAUCCUGAGGCAGAUGGAUGAUUUCCAUUACAACCAUUACAUCAAUACUUUCAAAACCAGACAGGACAUUAUUGACUUCCUGAUGGAAACAUUCAUUAUGUUCAAGGACCUGAUUGGAAAGAAUGUCUAUGCAGCUGACUGGAUGGUCAUGAACAUGAUGCAGAGCAGGGUUUUCCUCCGGGCAGUGAACCAAUUUACCUCUGUACUCAAUCGCUUCUUCCUGGAUCAAGCAAAUUUUGAACUCCAGCUCUGGAAUAACUACUUCCAUUUGGCAGUGGCCUUUCUCACUCAUGAGUCCCUCCAGCUGGAGACUUUCUCUGAAGCCAAGCGCAGCAAAAUCAUCGAGAAGUAUGGGGACAUGAGGAAAGAAAUUGGCUUUAAAAUAAGGGAUAUGUGGUAUAAUCUGGGUCCCCAUAAAAUUAAAUUCAUUCCAGCCAUGGUAGGCCCAAUCCUGGAGGUGACCCUGGUCCCAGAGCCUGAGCUAAGGAAAGCCACCAUUCCCAUCUUCUUCGAUAUGAUGCAGUGCGAGUUCAACUUCAGUGGGAACAGGAACUUCCAUAUGUUUGAAAAUGAGUUGAUAACCAAACUGGACCAGGAGGUGGAGGGUGGCCGAGGGGAUGAACAGUACAAGAUUUUGCUGGAGAAACUCCUCCUGGAGCACUGUCGGAAGCAUAAGUACCUGUCUACCUCUGGAGAAGUGUUUGCUCUUCUGGUCAGCAGCCUGCUAGAGAACCUGCUGGACUACAGGACAAUCAUGCACGAUGAGAGCAAGGAGAACCGCAUGAGCUGCACUGUCAACGUGCUGAAUUUUUAUAAGGAGAAGAAGCGAGAGGACAUUUAUAUCAGGUAUCUGUAUAAACUCCGGGACCUGCACACAGACUGUGAGAACUUCACAGAGGCAGCCUACACUCUCCUGCUCCAUGCAGAGCUGCUCCAGUGGUCCGAGAAGCCGUGUGUCCCUCACCUUCUGCAGAGGGACAGCUACUAUGUCUACUCACAGCAGGAACUCAAGGAAAAGCUCUACCAAGAAAUUAUCUCCUUCUUUGACAGGGGCAAAAUGUGGGAAAAAGCCAUUCAGCUAAGCAAAGAGUUGGCUGACAUGUAUGAAAACCAGAUCUUUGAUUAUGAGGGACUUGGUAAUCUCCUGAAAAAACAAGCUACUUUUUAUGAGAACAUCAUGAAGGCAAUGAGACCUCAGCCCGAGUACUUCGCUGUUGGAUACUACGGGCAGGGUUUCCCUUCUUUCCUCCGGAAUAAAAUCUUUAUCUACCGUGGCAAAGAGUAUGAACGAAGGGAGGACUUCAACCUGAAGCUAUUGACCCAGUUUCCUAGUGCUGAUAAGAUGACCAGCACUGCCUCACCAGGAGAAGACAUCAAGUCUUCUCCUAAACAGUAUGUGCAAUGCUUUAUUGUGAAGCCUGUGAUGAACCUGCCACGUAAUUAUAAAGAUAAACCUGUUCCUGAGCAGAUCUUAAACUACUACAGAGCAAACGAAGUGCAGCAGUUCACACACUCCCGACCAGUCAGGAAAGGAGAAAAAGAUCCAGACAAUGAGUUUGCUAAUAUGUGGAUAGAAAGGACAACCUACACAACAGCUUAUUCAUUUCCAGGCAUCCUCAAGUGGUUUGAAGUCAAACAGAUCACAACGGAAGAGAUCAGCCCCUUGGAGAAUGCCAUAGAAACAAUGGAGCUAACCAAUGAGAAAAUCAGCAACAUUGUCCAGCAGCAUGUCUGGGACAGGAGUCUUCCCGUGCAUCCUCUCUCUAUGCUCCUGAACGGGAUUGUGGACCCAGCAGUCAUGGGAGGAUAUACCAACUAUGAAAAGGCCUUUUUCACAGAGAAGUAUCUUCUAGAACAUCCUGAAGAUCAAGAUAAAAUUGAACUGCUGAAGCAGCUCAUUGCUCUGCAGAUGCCACUGUUGGCAGAAGGGAUCAGGAUCCAUGGUGAGAAGCUGACAGAAGAGCUGAAGCCUCUGCAUGACAGACUGACAGCCUGUUUCCAAGAGCUGAAGAAGAAGGUGGAGAAGCAGUAUGGUGUGAUAACUUUGCCUCCCUCCCUCACUGAGAGGAAACAGAGCAGGUCAGGCUCUGUUGUGUUGCCCUACAUCAUGUCUUCCACACUGAAACGACUCUCUGUCACAUCUGUGGUCUCCACAUCUUCCACAUCAUCUGACAGCGCCUCCUCCAGACCGGGUUCAGAUGGAUCUAUUCUGGAGCCUCUCUUGGAGAGAAGAAUCUCAACAGCUUCCAGAGCUGAGGAGCCAGCUGUGAGAGAUGAUGCUGAUAACAGGAUCAGCAAGCUCAAGCGGAAGGACUGGAGUAUUAGCAAGUCUCAGGUUAUUGUAGAGAAGGAGCCAGAAAUGGAACUGACAUCCAAAAUGGCCAUGUCAGGAAAAGCACAAAGACCAAAGAGUCUUCAACUAGGAGACAACAGACUGACUUUGCUUCAGGGUUCUUCACUCCAGCAAUCAACACCUUGCAGCCCACCACCAAUCACUCCCAAAACCCCAAGAACUCAGAGUUUUCCCUCACUGCAAGCUGAUGGAUUGGCAACUGCUAACUUACAGAGCACACCACCCCCACCUCCUCCCAAAAGCAAACCCUAUGAGAAUAGCAACCCAAGGAGUUCAGUGGAGGUGGCUCCUCCACUACCCAGCAGACGGGAAACCAAACCUCCCCCCCCACCCCCAAAAGCCAGAAAAUCCAGCGUUGUCUCUUCAGAGCAAGGACUGCAGUGAGGCUCUUCACUCACUGCUCUGACAGCAAGCACCUACAGUGAAGUGGCUGCUUUCUACUGACAUCCCAGGGCUCUCUGACCCUAAAGACUACUGAUCUCACCUGUCAUUCCAUUCAUUCCCCCUGGAAUGGAGUUUUCUUUGGGAAAUACCAAAAGGAACUGUCCUUGUGACUAUUCCCCAACCUCUGCUUUGCCUUGCCAGUGCUGAGGAGACACUAAUCACAUAGCAGGACAAGCUGCCCUACAGGAAUUCUUGUGUGUAAAUCUGACCCAGCAGGGAUUUGCAGCAAGGAAACCACCCCAGUCUGAGUCCUGCAGGAUGUUCACUGAAGUUCAUCACAGCUGUACUUGGGCCCCAGCCCCUCCUGUGGCCUGAUCUGCAUGAAGGCAACAGAUCCCAGCCAGUCCUGAGCUGUGAAAUGUCAGCUCCUGAGAUGUCAGGUGUUGGUGUGUGAUGUGCAGUCUCCUAAGAUUCUUGAUUGCAGGCAGAGACCUGAGCAUUGUUAGAGGAGUAACAAGCCUUUUUUUUUCUCUGCUAGUCAACAUGUGUAUUUAAGAUGAAGAGCAGACAUUCUGCCUUACACCAUCUCUGCUGGAGCAGUGGCAGUUGCUCACUCCCAAUGGAGAGCUCAGGUUCACCAGUACUGUGUCAGAAUUUCCCUCCUGAUUCUGGUUUUUAGCACUACAGAGCAGUUGAUACUCCUCCAUGAAUAUGUCACCUUCUUGCUUUGUGCUUGCAUCUGGGACUUGGGACAAUAUUUCCUCUCUGUGCUAUUUAAGGGGAUGUAGAAAGUUGCUUCUGUCCCGUGAGAAGAACAGAAGCUGCAUUAUACUGGUACCAGCAACUUGGAUGGGGUGUGCAAAACUGGUGAUGCAUCCUGACCUCAGACACAAAGUCUGAUGGUUACUGUAACCUCUGCUUUGGCUGGGCAAAUUCACAGAAAUAGAAGCAAUCCUUCUUGUUUUCCUGCACCCAUCUGUGGCAGCACUUGCACUUUGGUUUAUAGACUCCCUUGAGCUAGGUUUUGAACAGCCACUAGACUUUAAGGAGACAUUUAGAUCUGGGAUGUAUAUGAAAGACUUGACAGAUAACCACCUAAUUUCCUGUUACUUGGAUCACUCCAUCUCCCUGCAGCUUUUCUUUCCUUAGAGGAUGGGAUAACCUGUUCAGUUUUUCUUUUAGUUAGUUAUUCCUUGCUCUGGAUGUCAGCCUCAGUCUUUCUAUUUGUACAGAGGAAAAACUGACAUCAUCUUGGGGUUUAAUGGUUUCAAAUUCACAUGAUCCAUGCAGAAAAAGACUAUUGCACACUGUUGGAAUAGCCUGUCCUCACUGUUGCACACUGGAAUAGCCUGUCCUCACUGUUGCAUAGUGACCCAAAGGUUCAACACAAUUAUCAUUGUUGUUCAUGGACCAGAUGGGCUUUAGACUCAGCAUUCCUCUGUGCCUGAAAUCUUGCUGGGUAAAAAUGAGGCCAUCACCAUUUGUGGUUAAUAUUCCUAAUGCUGGCAGAUGCAUUUUGCACCUUUCAGGGCUGAUGUCUCUGGGCUCUGGCAGAAGGGCUGCACCCCUGGACCUUCAGUAACACAGUUUAAAACUCUCUUGCAGUAUAUUUCUGCUCUGUUCUAAUCUUAGAAGGUCUAGAUGGCUCCAAAGAUAGUAACAGCAUCCUUUUGUUUUUGCUGUGGGGAGCAGGGCUUUCCUAAACUGCCUGUUUCAGCACUAAUGCAUUGUGUUUUCUUGUCACAGUUUUCUCAUCAAGCUACACAAUUGAAACUGUCUUUGUAUAUCCCCCCCAAAUCUGCAGCUGCCUGGUGGUGCCACAUCCCCAGCAGCUGAAAAGCCACUGGAGUUGGGGAUUUUUCUUGGCUUAUGGGAAAUAUUCUCCUGUCACAUUCAGGGUUUCUUAAAGCUCAUCCUAAAGAUCAGCUGAGGGGUUUGGACCCAAGUUUCUGAACCUACACAAAGCUUUGGUUACAGCUUGUGGCUUGUUUGGGUUUCAUCUGUGUUGGGGAAGGUUCUGUCCUAGGCUCUGUCUUCCAGGGAAUCAUUUGCUGGUUAAUUGUGACUAUAAUUCACUUCUGCUUCUCUGAUAGAAGAUGGGGAAACACACAAAAAACCCUGGUGAGGGUGUUGCUCCCAGCAAUAAACACAAAUACUGUUGGGUUGGGGGUUUUUGCAGGUCACUGCACUGUUCUGCUGCUCACAGGACUUAAAUGUCCUCACCUUACUGAGAAAUUGAAGUUCCUUGAAGUUCAUGAAAGCUUUUCUCAGCAAAGCCUUUCUCAGGGUUAAAAACCAAACCCAGUGAUGACACCCUAGGGCUUUUGUUGUUGUUCAGACAGAUUGAAGUAGUCUUUUCUUUUGUUCUUGCAUUCCUUUGGCUUCAGUGUGACUCCAGUUAAAGAAACCUGCUCAGUUUGCUUUGCUUCCUGCAUGGCUCUGAAACAGAUUGCUUCCAUCAAAGGCUCAUAUUGGAUUCACAUCACAAAACAGGCUGGAGAUGUUUUGGAACUUGCACUGCAGUCACAUCCCAUCCAUCUGCAGCCUUGUUUGCUGUGGUGCACAUGCAACUGUCUUCUGGGCUGUUGCCUUCUCAGGGGAAAUCUCUGAAACCUUUCUGGACAACUUGACCAUGGUUCACCCCCUCUCUCUGGGGCGUUGUAGGACUUGUCAGCUCUACAUUAUGUUCUUGGGCAUAGAUGCUGCUUGACUUGAAAACCACAGGGUUUUCUUGUCUUUCAUUUUUUGUCCAUGUCUUCCUCUUCUGCUAACCACUGUCGUCCUCCUGCUGCACACAUGAACUGAAGGAGCCUCUGGAGCUCUUGAACAACAACUUUUUGACAUCAGUGAGAAUUUUGCUUCAGGCAGAACAGCAGGAUGUGGUCUGAGUUGUAGAAAAGUACAUAUUUACACCACCUAUUGUUAAUUCAGUGCCUUUCCCCACUGUCCAUCUGCCAGUUACCUCAUCCUUAGGUGCAUUUUCUUCUCAGAGCAGGUUUGCUUGGACUCCUUUGGUAAGUCAGCAGAAACAAAGGAGACACUGCUGGAAUCCCAGCUGCUUUGUCUGUCCUGGGUAAACAGACUGUCAGAUUUGGCUAUUUUAGUUCCAGGUGACUUUGAGCCUUAUUUGAUCUGCUUUAAUAACUUUUCAUUUGAGGAUGGACCUUGUGAAUUCAGCAGGGUUUUGUUUCCUGGAGGAGGGCAGUAGUCCAUGCAGCAAAACCUCAGUGGAGGAAGUUUGUAUGUUGCUCUUUGACUUCUACUAAAGAGCCAGCUCCUUUAACCAGCAGUGAGGAUGCUUUCUCCCUGCAUGCUCUGCCUUGCAAUUGCCUUGGCUCACCUGGCAGCUUCCUUAAACUUUAUCUUGGUUACUGUCCAUAGAGUUCAGGUUUCUCUUCUUGUUGCCUUUAUUGUCUGGCCAGUCAGAGACUGAUGCAGCUGAGGCAUCACCCUGACUGGAAGGAAAGGAGCAGCUGAUGCCCAAAGAGCACAGAGCAAAGUUGCUUUUCCUGAGAUAUUUCAGAUGUUCUCAUUGGCAAAUUUAUGUGCCAGGAAAGGGUUUAAGCUUGGGGGCUUUGAAACUUUUUAGCAUUACUUUUGUUCUAAGAGUCUGAAGUGCUGUAAACUCUUCUCACUUCUUGCCUUUUGGCAAGCUUAACUCACAAACAGGCAUUGAGUUCUCUCACUGCAUCGCUGACUGUGGUGUGUGAGGAGGAAGGUUCUUAGCUGAUACAAGUCAGCAUCGUUUGCUUAGAGGUGCAAGAUGGAAUUUCUGCACUGUGCCUACAUGAUUUAGGGCUUUGUGCCAAGUUUAGAGGGAAAAAAAGCAUUAUCUUCUGAGUGUCAGAUUUUUAAGGGCAGUUGGGCAUUUAAGUGUGUGAACAAGCACAGAGCCUGACUGAUUUUAAUGAAGUGGAAUUAUGAGAGAUGUCCCCAGACCUGUGACUUAUGUAUUGUUUUUGAAGUGUUCUGCUCUGUUCUGCAGUACCUGCCUGGCUUAAGUUCUCAGGUUUAACUUUCAGAGCCAAUUUAAGCUCUCACUGCUUCGUUUCCAAAACAAGAAUCAUCUUCCCAUGUUAUUUAGAAAUGUCAUCUCAUGUCUUUGAAACUAGAGGGCAAACAGGAGAACAACCCACGAUGAUGUUGUCUCUGCACACCAGCAAUGAAAGCAAACAGCAGCUUUUCCACCCAAUUCAUAGUUUGGAAUAAAGCAAAUCUCCAAGUUCAAUAUCCAGUCUGCAGAGAAGACAAAACCUGAUCCCAUUUCAGAGCCAGGCUGUUGAAAGCUGGUGAUAAAUUUCAAGCCUUUGAGGGUUUUUCUUGGGAGGAAUCUGCUCAACACUUGUUUGCUGGAGCUUUUAAUUAAAAUUUGUCAUGCUGUGGUAAAUUCCUUUCAGAAAUGUUACAGGCUCUAAUCCACAUCAGGGGAAGAGAGAAACAGACAGCUUUCCAUUUCAGUGGAUGAUUGGAUUAGGAAAGGACACUGAUGCCAGUGAGGACAGCUCUGUGAUCUGCAGUGGCAGGAGACACCCCAGUGUGUGUGCAGUGGCUUUUGAGAACGUGCCUCUAAUAACCUUCCCACUCUGCAGCCCAGCCUGUGCCCCACAGAUGACCAGGGAGUGAGGGGGACAGUGCUCAUGCUCAGAUUGCCUCUCCUUUAUUUAUUUUUAUAACUGUAAAUGGAAAUAAGAAGUUGAAGUUGUCUGUAAUUGUGUUUUAUAUAGUGAAGACAUUCCUGACCCAUUCCUGCUGCCUUCCAUCAAGCUGUUCUUUUAACUGAGUGCUUGCUGUUGCAGACCAAGUGAUCUAGUGGAUCAGGGUGAGCUUUUCCUGGGACUACAUCAGAAAGUAAACAAAUAGUGUGAUUGCAUUGAUUUUGUGGCAGGAGAAGAGGAGCUCUUGCAAAAGCACAAGAGGUUCACCUAAUUCUGCUCCUGGUAACAUGAAAGCACCUUUAGGACAGUGUGCUGGGCACUGUGGGGAGCAGAAUGAGGAGUCUAAAGGGGCUUGAAAGGUGAAAAGCAUCAGUUUAUGCUGUAUUGGUCUGGCUGUUCUGAUUUAAGGCUGCCAUGGAGAUCCCUGCUGCAUACUUUGAACCUGUUUUUCACAUGCAUGGUCUGCAGGAUUCAUAUUUCUUUCUAAACAGAGGUGUGAGUCCUCAGCUCUGAAAUUCAGCCCUGGUACACGUGGAAUUAAAUGAUGUAGCUUAUCAUGGUUGCUAUUAUAGGGGUUUAAUGACAUGAGAAACCUUGGGAUGUGUUUAUCUUGAGUUCAGAAGAAUAUGGCUGUUGUGUAACUUGGUUUUGUCAGUGGUUUGAGAUCCUGGAUGUGAUGCUAGUUACAAAACCCACCUCUGCAGACUGCAAACACCUUCCUUUUUGUUUCUCUCCCCUCUUUCCUUUAGUCCCCUGCAACUGAAUCAACAAAAAUACAGCUUUUAAAGUGGCUCUGGAGAAAGAGUUAGGAGCUGAGAUUUCCCAAGGGAGUCUGCAUCAGGGUAAAUGACACAUGAAUCACUGAGUCUAUAAAGCAAGGUGUAUACAUUUUCAUGUUUUUAAAUCUGUGUUGGCUGCUGUAAAGUUUGUAAAUACCUUUUUAAAAUAAAUGUAGUUUUUAUGAGUGAACCAGUAAAAAAAAACCAAAGAGCAUAUAAAAGCUUUUCAUUGGUGGGCCACUGAAGUGUGAGUGGAGUUACAUUCCAGCAGGGUGUUCUCCAGUUGUGACCAAGUGGUAUUAGUGUUUUAUCCAGAGACUGGUGAGAUCAGACAGUGCCUUUGCCCAGCCAUUGUCUGUACAUGAGAAACAAAAGCUGUCACAUCCUAGUUUUCCUUGCAGGAGACAAAGCAGACCCCAUGCUGCCAAGUCCCUGCCCCUGGACUGGAAUGUUUGCUCUUUUACAUACAAGCUACUAAUGAAGACAACAAUUUUCUGCUGUUUAAGUGCAACUUCAGAGUAUUUAUUCACACAUUGCAGACUAAGCAAAGGUCCUUGGAAGAGGAAUUGAUUUUAACACAGCUUUGAACUUCUGUUCUAGGUCCAGAGUUCCUUUGGGCUUUGUGGGUUUAAAUCUUCUUUCCUCUGCCCUCUCCUUCCAUCAGACUUUCCUGUAAACACACAUUUGAAGAGAAGAAAUUGCUUUGAUGGAUUUUUAAAGCCUGGUCAAAUGCUAAAACACUCAUAUUAUGGUGUCCAUUGGAUUAGAGUGACCUAAAUGUGACCCAACGUGAUUUCUCUGCCACCUGCCCAUGGAUCUGAUGGUGCAGUAUAAUGUAACUGGUGCUUAGAAUGGCCCUUUUCAUCCCUAAAGAGCAUGACCAAGGUUACAUCUGUUAACAGGCCCAGCACUGCAGCAGUUCUUGGAGUGCACCCCAGCAGCUGUUGCUCACUGCACUUGGACAGC